CUGUCGUUACAUCGACGAAGCCAGAGCAGCACAACAGCCACGCAAGAGAACAAACGCAGAAGAGGUCGAGAGGAGAGGAGGAGAGGGGCACCAUCGGAUCGAUUCCUGUCGUCGUCGUUUCCUUUGCCGGUUCCUCCUGCCAGGCUGAUUUUUAGGGGCUCGCGCUGCGAUUGGCCCACGCCAUUCAUCGAAAACGAGGAAGAUAGCGAGGAUAAUCUUGAGCGCCGGAGGAGGCGGCCGGACGUCGCCGCUGGCGAGACGGCGACCGGCUGUGAUCUGAUCCGUGCCUGGCAUCGCCAGACAGAGCUUGGAGCUUCGAGACUUUUUUGGGCGGAAAAUUUUUAUUCUGUUUUUUUUUUUUUUCCUUCUUCCCCUUCUGAUUCUGGAUUUCAUUUCCACUCAUCAUGCGGGAAUCUGGAUACUAUUGUUCCAAGAAGACCGACGAUAUCUGCGAGGACGUCUGCGGCGAGAUGUCGAGGGCGGGUCUCAGCAUGUCGCGACUCCGGUGCGCCCUCCGAGGGUUCGAUUUCAAGGCAUUGCUUCUCCUCCUCAUCGGAGUUCCGAUCCUCAUUGUCAUCAUCUACUUGCAUGGCCAAAAGAUCAGCUAUUUCCUCCGACCCAUCUGGGAGUCCCCUCCCAAACCCUUCCGUACUAUCCCCCACUACUAUCAUCCCAACGUCUCGAUGGAGCGCCUCUGCCAGCUUCAUGGGUGGGGCGUCCGCGACAACCCUCGCCGUGUCUACGAUGCUGUCUUAUUCAGCAACGAGCUCGAUAUGCUCGAGAUCCGGUGGCAAGAGCUCAGUCCGUACGUCUCAGAGUUUGUCCUCCUUGAAUCAAAUUCCACCUUCACUGGUCUGAUAAAACCCCUCGUUUUUGCCAACAACCGGAAACGAUUUAAGUUUGCUGAGUCACGGCUAACCUAUGGCAAGAUUGGGGGAAGGUUCAUGAAGGGAGAGAAUCCUUUUGUUGAGGAGUCAUACCAGCGAGUGGCCCUGGAUCAGCUUCUAAAGAUAGCAGGUAUCGAGGAUGAUGACUUGUUGAUCAUGUCUGAUGUCGAUGAAAUCCCAAGUGGCCAUACGAUUGACCUCCUGAGAUGGUGCGACGAGAUUCCUGAGAAACUUCAUCUGCAGCUCCGUAAUUAUCUAUACUCUUUUGAGUUUUACCUUGAUAGCAAGAGCUGGAGAGCUUCCAUUCACAGGUACCGUUCAGGGAAGACCAGAUAUGCCCACUUCCGUCAGACGGAUGAUCUGUUAGCUGAUUCUGGUUGGCAUUGCAGCUUCUGUUUUCGCCACAUAAGUCAAUUCAUAUUUAAGAUGAAGGCGUAUAGCCAUGUUGAUCGUGUGAGAUUUGCCUACUACUUGAAUCCUUACAGAAUUCAAGAUGUGAUAUGUCGAGGAGCAGACCUGUUUGACAUGCUUCCAGAGGAAUACACUUUUAAAGAAAUUAUUGGCAAGUUGGGUCCGAUACCUAGUUCAUAUUCUGCUGUUAAUCUUCCUUCUUAUCUACUUCAUCAUGUCGAUCAGUUUCUGCACCUCUUGCCUGGCAAUUGCAUGCGAGAAAGUGAGUAAGUUUUCUUGGUGGUACUUCUGAUUGCUUGCAUAUGCUACAGGGUCUAGUUGAGAAAAAUUGAUGGCUGUGGCAUUGAGAUGAAGAUUAGUAUCUGACACAAUUGGAUGAUUCAUUUGGCAUAAAAGGCAAGCAAUGAAAUUUUAUUGUGAUGUGCUAUAAUGUUAGUGAAGCUGAUUGUAUUUCUACAAAUUUUCUGGUUCCAUCGCUAUUUAUUAGUUGAGGGAGAUCAGGAAAAUUAACUAGCACUGGAGGUGCGACUCUACUUUGACCUCAUGGAUAUAUAAUAUACCCCCUGUUACU